CGCGGCGUCCCGGGAGCUGGCGUCACCAUGGCGGCGGGAGUCGCGGCCUGGCUGCCGUUCGCCCGGGCAGCGGCCAUCGGGUGGAUGCCCGUGGCCAACUGCCCCAUGCCCCUGGCGCCGGCGGAGAAGAACAAGCGGCAGGACGAGCUGGUGGUCCUCAACGUGAGCGGGCGGCGCUUCCAGACGUGGCGGACCACGCUGGAGCGCUACCCGGACACGCUACUGGGCAGCACGGAGAAGGAGUUCUUCUUCAACGAGGACACCAAGGAGUACUUCUUCGACCGCGACCCCGAGGUGUUCCGCUGCGUCCUCAACUUCUACCGCACGGGCAAGCUGCACUACCCGCGCUACGAGUGCAUCUCGGCCUACGACGACGAGCUGGCCUUCUACGGCAUCCUGCCCGAGAUCAUCGGCGACUGCUGCUACGAGGAGUACAAGGACCGCCGGCGCGAGAACGCCGAGCGCCUCAUGGACGACAACGACUCGGAGAACAACCAGGAGGCGGCGCCGUCGCUCAGCUUCCGCCAGACCAUGUGGCGCGCCUUCGAGAACCCGCACACCAGCACCCUGGCCCUGGUCUUCUACUACGUCACGGGCUUCUUCAUCGCCGUGUCGGUCAUCACCAACGUGGUGGAGACGGUGCCGUGCGGCACGGUGCCCGGCAGCAAGGAGCUGCCGUGCGGCGAGCGCUACUCGGUGGCCUUCUUCUGCCUGGACACGGCGUGCGUCAUGAUCUUCACCGUGGAGUACCUGCUGCGCCUCUUCGCCGCGCCCAGCCGCUACCGCUUCAUCCGCAGCGUCAUGAGCAUCAUCGACGUGGUGGCCAUCAUGCCCUACUACAUCGGCCUGGUCAUGACCGACAACGAGGACGUGUCCGGGGCCUUCGUCACCCUGCGGGUCUUCCGAGUGUUCAGGAUCUUCAAGUUCUCCCGGCACUCCCAGGGCCUCAGGAUCCUGGGCUACACCCUGAAGAGCUGCGCCUCCGAACUGGGCUUCCUCCUCUUCUCCCUCACCAUGGCCAUCAUCAUCUUUGCCACGGUGAUGUUCUAUGCCGAGAAGGGCUCCUCGGCCAGCAAGUUCACGAGCAUCCCGGCGUCUUUCUGGUACACCAUCGUCACCAUGACCACUCUGGGAUAUGGAGACAUGGUGCCUAAGACAAUUGCAGGAAAGAUCUUCGGCUCUAUCUGCUCCCUGAGUGGGGUCCUGGUCAUUGCCCUGCCAGUCCCUGUGAUUGUCUCCAACUUCAGCAGGAUUUACCAUCAGAACCAGAGAGCUGAUAAACGUAGGGCACAAAAGAAGGCCCGUCUUGCCAGGAUCCGUGUAGCCAAAACAGGAAGCUCCAAUGCCUACCUGCACAGCAAACGCAACGGCCUCCUCAAUGAGGCACUAGAACUGACGGGCACCCCAGAAGAGGAGCACAUGAGCAAGACCACCUCCCUCAUCGAGAGUCAGCACCAUCACCUGCUGCACUGCCUUGAGAAGACCACUGGGUUGUCCUAUCUUGUGGAUGAUCCCCUGUUAUCUGUACGAACCUCCACCAUCAAGAACCACGAGUUUAUAGAUGAACAGAUGUUUGAGCAGAACUGCAUGGAGAGUUCAAUGCAGAACUACCCAUCCACGAGAAGUCCUUCUCUGUCCAGCCACCCGGGCCUCACUACCACCUGCUGCUCCCGUCGUAGUAAGAAGACCACACACCUACCCAAUUCCAACCUGCCAGCCACACGCCUGCGCAGCAUGCAAGAGCUCAGUACCAUCCACAUCCAGGGCAGUGAGCAGCCCUCCCUCACUACCAGUCGCUCCAGCCUUAAUUUGAAAGCAGACGACGGACUGAGACCAAACUGCAAAACAUCCCAGAUCACCACAGCCAUCAUCAGCAUCCCCACGCCCCCAGCUCUAACCCCAGAGGGGGAAAGCCGGCCACCCCCUGCCAGCCCAGGCCCCAACACGAACAUUCCUUCCGUAGCCAGCAAUGUUGUCAAGGUCUCCGCCUUGUAAAAUCCCUGGACAGAGGGCCAGAGGGGGUAGCGAGGAGUCAAGGGGGCUGGCAUGUUGGCGGGUGACCACUGGGACCACUCCAUCCCCCUUGCCCACUAUUUCUACCUGUCCGAGUGCAGCCCUAGCACUGAAACCUGUGCCUGCAAAGAAAGAGGCAGCAAAGGGUUUCAUCUGAGGUCCCUGCUGCUGGCGUGGACACAGCCCUGUGACACUGCCUCUGACUGGGGCCAGAAGAAGGGAGGGGGUGGGCAGGGGAUGGGCUGUUUGCCAGGACAGGGCCUGAUCAGGAUGCCUCCGACCACAUAACAAUUGUUUCUGGAAACCCCAGUGAGGAAACCAAGACCAAGAACAGCACGGAGGCUGAGUCGUCUCAUGAAAAACAGGAAGAAAAUAUAACACUGUGUAUUUAAGCACCUUUUUCAAGGCUCUUAAUGGAUAAUAUUUAUUCAUGGGAAAAGGUGGAAAACAAAAUCACCAAUGGAUUUUUUGUGAAAUGUUUUUCCUCCAUGGACCCAACACCUUUAAACCAAAACAAUGUAUUUUGUGAGGUUGGUUUUUAUUUUUAUUUUUUUCCCUCCUUUUAUAGCUAAAGCUUUUGGGCUCAAAGUCAGUUAUUGCUGAGUUCUCUCUCUCCAUUCUCCAGGUGAGUGAGGUCACCUUUGCUUGGGCCCACGUCGCCCAACUGACCUGCACAGAGCUGUCAAGUGACCACACAGCGACCCUUUCGCUGUCUGUCUCCUUUGUCUCUUGUCCCUCUGCUUCCCCCUGGCUGUUUCUGUGUUCAACUGUCUGUCUAUAAGGAUCGGUGAUCCUGAAGUGAGCUGUGCUAGCAAAGCCUUUUUCCAUCACUGCCAAGCAUUGGACUUGUGCCUAGGAGUCAGGCCCAACUGAACGCAAGCGCACAGGAAAAAGAAUGAAGCAAAGAACAGGAAAGGGAAGGUGAGGUAAGUUAACCUAGCCGAGAGGUGCUUCCCUUGUGAUUGGAAUCACGGGUGUUUGCAGCUGCACUUUCAGGGGAAGAGAGGGAUGGUCAGAUCUCUCACAGUGGGUCUUGAAAAAGGAAACAGCACCUGAGAAGUGGUCACCUCUGCUGUGCACCUAUGAAGAACCACCCAGGGAGGUGGCUGCCACGGGUUCCUAUGGCACCUUGUUAGGUGCCCUUCCUUCAGGAUACGUUACAAACCCCACAAAGAGCAGUAGGAAGGCCCAUGAGCAGUUUCUUCCCAAGAAGACAGUGGGAAGGGACUGAGUCUUCUGACGUCAUUGGAGGCAGUUCCUGCACAAAGGCUGCUCCACCCUAUGGAGGGUGCUGGCAAGCAGGAAAGCAAGAGUGUCUACAGGAUCCUUACUUGGUCUGAAAGAUGCCUUGGGGUCUGAAGCAUCUUCAGGCCUGAUUUCUGAAGAGCUGAAAUGGGGGAGAACUGGUCACCUCCAUGCAAGCGAGGGGAUGAAGAUUAUUUCUUAAGCAUGUGGACAGAAUUCUGUUCAAGUAUUUGCAGCACUGGUGGGGCUGGGCGCAGGAUUUCUGGACUCUUAGUACCCAUCUUCACCACUUACAGCAGAGCAGGUGGGCCUCGGGGUUAGUGACAAGCCCUUUCCUGCCCCCCCAACCCCAGUACCCUACUGCAGUCCCUGUAGCCUAAGCUCUGAGAUACACGAUCUCCUUAUCCAUCCCGCAGCUUAGUGGUUAGCUGUUUAUUUGCAAGCUAAGAAUUUCUCUGCCCACCACAGCCAUCUAGAUGAGUUUCACUAGCCAGGAACCUGAAAACACCUUCGUGGGGCUUCCCUAUGACCCCAGCUCCAAUGACCCUGUAGUUCCAGUGAAGCCAGAAGAUUUUGAGGUAGCACCUAAGUAGAAGGUAGACAGAAGGGAAGAGGAGAGGGAGCCUUUGGUCUUUAUCUCUCUGGGCUUAUCCUCUGACCACUGACAGUCCCUGCUCUGGGUUUAGCCUCAAGGUUUUCUUCUUGUUAUAGGGAUGGGUUGGCUCUGGCCAAAACUCUUUUGAGUUUUGGUGUAAGAAACCAGGAAAACAUAACAUCCAACUACAAAAGAAUAUGUGUAUAUGCUCACACAAUCAACCUAAACAUAUCAUGGACACAUAUCAAGGAAGGCAGAGAGGGUUAUGCACACUAAACUGAGUGGGCCAAGGGACAGAAGUAAGUAGGAACAUGUGGCAUCUACAAACUGCCUGUGUUUGGUUUAAGAACAUUGCAAGGUUAGAAUGAUGACUGAUUCAAGCAAGGAGCUACAUGUCACUGGGACACUGUACCACGGAGCAUGUUAGUGGUUCUCAUGAAGAUUAAUGCAUUUAAAAAAUCAUGUCCCAGAACAAGUUUCUGGAUUUUAUUGACCUUAGUGAGAGAUGAAUGUUUUGGGUCCCUUUAAUUUCAUUUCCGAAGCUAGUAGUAUCAUGCCAGUUCCUAGUGAUCAUUAGACCAUCUCUUUCAUCUUACUCCCCCAUUGCAGUCUUUGCUAGGGAUAAGAGGUCCAGCCCUCCUCUGGUCAAAACUAUCAAGAAAAAAACGACUCACAGCAAUACAGUUGCUAAAGCGUGUUUGCAAAUACACAGAGGGGGCAAAGUAUGCUAAGUCAUUUACUAAGUCUAACUCAUCGGCUAGUGACUAAAGAACCAGGAUAUGAGAAUGGACUCAGGCUUCGUGGCUCAUGAACCAUUUUAGCAUAACAAAAGGAUCCCAAAACCUGCACUCCAGCAAUCCUACUAAGCAUUAUGGAGGAAAGUGGGGGAGGGUCAAAAAAUAACAGGCUAUGUUCAAAUGUUGGAUGGAUGGAAACUUGGAAAAAAACAGUAUUCAGAGAACACACCUAGAAGAGAUGAAGGAAUUCCUGAUUCAUUUUACAGUAUAGAAAUGUGAGACCCAGAGAACUUGGUUCCCUUACUGUAACACAGUCAUUUAAGGACACACUUGGGACCAGAGCACAAAACCCUUGACUAUUUGCCCUUUCCAAGUUAUGUGUUCAAGGCUCAUCAAAGGUGGCAUGCCAAGACAAGGCACUAAGUCAGCACUACUUGGAUGUAGCUCUUGGAAAUCACCUGAUGUGUUCAUGCAAAUCACACUUUGUAAGCAACAACUCCCUAGACAAAGCCAGCCAGGGAUGAUCAAUUCUAAUAGAAACAACAUGAACAAAAGAAUAAUCAAGUUUUUUUUUUUUCCCCAGUCAAAUUUUCUCCAUGAAAAACAGGCUUGAACAAUGACAUUUAAGCAUACCUUUCCUUUUGAUUGCUACAAUCUGUGAUGGCAAUGGCUCACUAAAUCAAUUCUUGCUUCAGAGAUUAAAAUUACAAAGGGCACAAAGAAACUGGAUGGCUUGCCCAAGUUCACAUGGCAAGUUAGUAACAGAGCUGUGACCCAUCAAGGACUUGGACGUCGUAUCCUGGGUGUUCCUCUAGUCAUAUUCUGUGUCUCCAAGGCUCGCUCACAUUUUAAGACCUGGACGUCAAGUUUGGUGAUUACAGGAAACAUUUCAUUCAGAACCACCAUGAAGCAGCAGGAACUCCAGAGGCAAACUGUAUUAUUUCUUCCUCAUUCCCAAUUUUCCUAACUAGUCUCAAGCUCAGGACUAAAUGUACAGAACCCCUUUCAAAAGACCAACAGGCAUUCUCAGUAACAGUUACUGAGAUUAACAGCAUUAGUCUACAACCACAUAAUUUGAUCAGUUCAUGACCCAUGAUUGGAAGGCCACAUAUGGAACAUCUGAGAACUUAACCCAAUUUUGUCCUGCAGUUUAAGAUCAUGUCUUUUCCUUGUUAGAAUGCAGGUAGGAAAGUGUUCAUGAAAGCAUCACAUACCUGGAUUGUCUUUUUUUCUUUUGUAACAGUAGUGACUGAAAGUGAGCUAACACUGUAUUUGAAAUUAUUAAUGGAUUUCAGUCUUCUAGUCAAUUAUUAGGUAACUUAGAAAGGCAGGAUACCAACAUGGUUCAGUUAAGGCAUUUUAGUUUCCCUUUUAUUCUAGUUGAUAACCACGAUAAUAUGAGCGUGAGAAAUGUUUAUUUUUCCUCUGAUUUCCUAUGAAUUCUUAUUACUUGCAAAGCUUUAAAAUGACUGAAGCCCCUAUCAUGACACAUAACGUUGGAGCCCAAACAGCAUCAUGAAAAGCAUCAUCCGAGCUAAGAGAAAGUGGAGAUCCGAAAAUGAAACAGCUUUUUAAAGGGGUUCCUUAUAAGUCUUGUUUUCUAUUCAGGAUGUUGUAUGUUUUCUCAUCAAAUGUAGGAAUGACAUCUAUCUUAGCAGGUUACUUCAACUACACUGGCUAAUGUCACUCUUAGCCAGUGUAGGGCACUGACCCAAGUCCUGGGGACUCCUUGGACCAAUGGACUAUUUUACAAACCUGGGAGGUGGGAGGGAUGGUAUAUUUUUGAUAAUCAGACAUUCCAAUUUUUCCUUAUAGGUCACACUCCCUCCAUUAAUGUUAUUGUGAAAAACAUCAAGUAUGUUCUUUUCUAUUUUCAUAUAAUAAAUGGGCUUUGCUUAUCAACCAUCACAAUGGCAAAGAAGAAACACACUGUACAAACUGCAGGAAGACAAACAUGUGAAAACUUUCUGUGGAAAAACAAAACUAAGUUUCGUGUCGUCUUCUUUUGAAAGUGUAGUGCUUAUGUUAAAACGUAUAUCAUUUACAGUAUUGAGUCGUGUGCCACUGCUGUACCUGAUGUAUCCAAUCUGGAUUAAACAAUGUGCCACAAACCCUAAAA